CUACUUUAAUUAUAAACUAAUGUACUAUUACACACUUCAAGAAGACACACUCCCAAUCAACAUACAGCGUUCCAAUCUGAAAACAAUGCGUUCGCUAGAACUUGCCCUGCUCCGGUUCGUGCCUGCAUGCGGACCAUGAAGCUGAUCAUCCUGAAUGAUUAUGACCAAGUUGGUGAGUGGGCUGCCAAGUACAUCAGGAAUAAAAUCAUUAACUUCAACCCUGGACCAGACAGAUUCUUCAUUUUAGGACUCCCCACGGGAGGUACUCCUCUGGGAUGCUAUAAGAAGCUGAUUGAGUUUUAUAAGAAAGGAGAGAUCUCUUUCAAGUAUGUCAAAACGUUCAACAUGGAUGAGUAUGUGGGUAUUCCUAGGAAUCACCCAGAGAGCUACCAUUCCUUCAUGUGGAAUAAUCUCUUCAAGCACAUUGACAUCAAAUCGGAGAACACCCAUAUUCUGGAUGGCAACGCUGCCAACCUUGUAGAGGAGUGUGAUUCCUUUGAGAAGGAGAUCAAAGCAGCUGGAGGAAUUGACCUCUUUGUUGGAGGUAUUGGACCGGAUGGCCACAUUGCCUUCAAUGAGCCAGGCUCCAGUCUAUUGUCCAGGACCAGAGUGAAGACCCUGGCUCAGGACACCAUCCUGGCCAACGCACGCUUCUUUGACGGAGAUCUGUCUAAAGUACCCACCAUGGCUCUGACUGUGGGAGUGGCCACCGUCAUGGACGCCAGAGAGGUCAUGAUUCUCAUCACGGGAGUACACAAAGCGUUCGCCCUGUACAAGGCCAUAGAGGAAGGGGUGAACCACAUGUGGACGGUGUCGGCCUUUCAGCAGCACCCUCAGACUGUGUUUGUGUGUGACGAGGAUGCUACCCUGGAACUGAGGGUUAAAACUGUCAAGUACUUCCGAGGGAUGAUGCAUGUGCACAACAAGUUGGUGGAUCCACUGCCUCCAAAGUAAGAUGAGGGAGUCACAAAAACAUCUGUAAACCUGCGAUAACCAAGAGAACUGAUGCCAUACUCCUCUGGAUAUGACAGCCACCAAGGGUGGAUGAUCAAUUGUGUGUGUUGUACUGUGGUUUAUCUCAAGUUACAUUUUAUGUAACAUAAUAGUAAACCUACUUGUAGUGGGCUACAUCGAGUACAUUGAUUAUAGAACAUAAACCAGUGUGAUGUGACAUCACUGACAAUUCAAGUGUCUUAGCUUCAUUGUUAAAUUUUUAAUACAAACUUGACUUUGAAUGUAUUUCAAUGAGAGUUAUUUGAAUAAAAUAACUUUGACAAUGAA